AUAGUUUCUAUUUUUUUUUUUGGUUGCAUAACCCUCACUUUCUCUCUCUACUCUCUCUCUUCUUUAUCCCUGCGUUUCACCAUAAUUAUAAUAAUAAUGCAUCUUCUGAAUUACUGUUCUUUGUCGAGUUCUUAUGAACCAACGCUUGUUUUGAGUCAAUUGCUGCUCGCGCACCACAAAUCGAUCAGACCGCCGUUGCUCAACAACAAGCGCCGGGGUUUUGUUGUUGCCAAACCUCGAAAUUUUCGAGUCCGCUGCGAUUCACAGACAAAAGAAAUUGAGAUCAGAAAGUUUUCUCCCGUUUUAGAGAGUGAUGUAAUACAAGGAAAUGGGGUGUUACCUUCUAAUGAGUUGACUACAAUUCCCGACAUUUGGAGGUCUUCUGCACAAAAGUUUGGUGAUCGUGUUGCUUUAGUUGAUCCGUACCAUAAACCUGCCACGAAUAUGACUUACAAACAGCUGGAGCAAGAAAUAUUGAAUUUCUGUGAAGGUUUACGAGUAAUUGGAUUAAAACCGGAGGAAAAGCUGGCCCUAUUUGCUGAUAAUUCAUGCCGGUGGCUUGUUUCAGAUCAAGGUAUUAUGGCAACUGGAGCAAUCAAUGUUGUGAGAGGUACGAGAUCGUCUAGUGAAGAGCUUUUGCAGAUAUACAAUCACUCUGAAAGUGUUGCAUUGGUGGUAGAUAAUCCCGAAAUGUACAAUCGGAUUGUAGAAACGUUCCAAUCCCGGGCCAUAGUAAGAUUUGUCGUCUUGUUAUGGGGAGAGAAAAGUAGCAUACCAAAUGGUGAAUCAGCGACAGAUAUUCCCAUUUAUAGUUAUGAGGAGAUAAUAAAGUUUGGCCAUGAAAACCGUGCACUUUUACUUCGUUCUGAAGAUGCUAGGAACCAAUAUAUUUAUAAAACUAUAAGCUCCGAUGAUGUAGCUACGCUCGUAUAUACAAGUGGCACCACCGGAAAUCCUAAAGGUGUUAUGCUCACUCACAGGAAUCUGCUUCACCAGGUUUCGAACUUAUGGGACAUAGUACCUGCGGUACCUGGUGAUAGAUUUCUGAGCAUGCUUCCACCUUGGCAUGCAUAUGAACGAGCUUGUGAAUAUUUCAUUUUUACUCAUGGAGUUGAGCAUGUUUACACCUCCGUCCAGAAACUCAGGGAUGAUUUGCGUCGUUAUCAACCUCAUUAUGUUAUUUCUGUUCCUUUAGUAUAUGAGACGCUUUACAGUGGGAUUCAGAAGCAGAUCAAUACAAGUUCUGCCGCUCGUAAACUUGUUGCUCUUCUAUUCUUAAAGAUCAGUUUAGCAUACAUGGAUGCCAAACGAAUUUACGAGGGAAAAUGUUUGACCAGAAAUCUCGAACAACCUUCCCACCUUUCUGCACUGUUUGACUGGUUGAGGUCAGGGAUUGUUGCUACAGUAUUAUGGCCACUACAUACACUGGCGAAGAUAAUUGUCUAUCGUAAAAUCCAUUCCACUAUCGGCAUUUCAAAGGCUGGCGUAAGUGGAGGCGGCAGCUUGCCUCCGCAUGUCGACAGAUUCUUCGAGGCGAUUGACAUAAAAGUCCUAAAUGGAUAUGGUUUAACAGAAUCAUCGCCUGUUGUUGCUGCUCGACGGCCAACUUGUAAUGUUCCCGGUUCAAUUGGGCAUCCUAUUCGCCAUACGGAAAUAAAAGUCGUUGAUGCUGAUACGGAUAAGAUUCUUCCUUAUGGAUCGAAAGGCAUUGUCAAAGUGAGGGGCCCACAAGUUAUGAAGGGUUAUUACAAGAAUCCUUCGGCGACGAAAAAAGCUAUAGAUGAGGAAGGAUGGCUAAAUACUGGUGAUAUUGGCUGGAUUUCUUCUCCUCAUUCUAGAGGGCGGAGUCGUCAAACUGGAGGAGUUAUUGUUCUAGAAGGACGUGCUAAAGAUACAAUAGUCCUUUCAACCGGAGAAAAUGUUGAACCAGCAGAGAUUGAAGAAGCUGCUUUGAGAAGUAGCAUUAUUCAACAGAUUGUAGUAAUUGGCCAGGAUCAACGACGACUUGGGGCUAUAAUUGUCCCGAACAAAGAAGAGAUACUCUUGCAAGCUAAAAGGCUAUCCUUAGUUGAAGCUGAUGCCUCGGAGCUUGAUAAGCAGAAACAAGUUAACCUAGUGCACGAAGAAUUGAGAAAAUGGACAUCAGACUGUUCGUUUCAAGUCGGACCAAUCUUAGUGGUUGAUGAACCUUUCACGAUUGACAGUGGUUUGAUGACUCCAACCAUGAAAAUACGAAGAGAUCGAGUUGUAUCUUUGUACAAAGAGCAAAUAGACAACUUGUACAAAUGAUACCGUCUCUGUUAUAUAUAUGCUUACACAAGUCAUUUUUGUGUUUGAUGACAAAAUCUAAACUAAUUAGUUUUUAGGUUUUGUUUCGACAGUUCCGAUGGUUGUAAUAGUUUAGUAACGUGUUGUGAUGGGUAAUGAAAUUUAAAAUAAAUAACCACACACAAAUUUAACUUCA